UCAAUAUUUUCACAAUUGUAUUUUGUAAACAAUGAAGACAUUGCUUGUUGUAUUCAUAAUUUAUUUAAAUAAUGCUAUAUGCGACAAUGACUUUCUUAAACCUACAAAACUUGUGAAACGCUAUCCAAAGAAAGUAAUAACUGAUGUGAGGCAAAAUAUACACAUACUCCAUUCAAAAAAUAUUAUAAAGCCUCAACCUGCAGUAUUCCAAUUGAAUCCGAAGAGGAAAAGGACGAAAUAUAAUUCGUAUACAGCUUUCCCAAUAGCGAGUCUAGAUCAGAAAGGGGUUGAUAUACCGGAUAGUCCUUACUUUCCAUUUAAUGAAAACGUUGAAAUUAAACCUAGAGUCAAGAAGGUAUUACCCAGCACCAUUUUAAAUAUAUCAAGAAAGAAAAGGUCUGCUCCGGUAAAAAACAAACUCAGUAUCAAGAGCAAUGACGCUAAAGUAGCAAAACGAAAGAUAAAGGACAAGAAUGUUUCUUCAGGAAAUAAUCAUGAAAGCACGAUAGAUACCGAAACAAGUAAAAAUAGCAAGCACCGUGCCGUAAAAGAUGUUAAUAAACCAAAAAAGGACAGAACUAUUCCUACACAUUCUAAUGCUACAAUAGUCAAAGGUAGAAAAAUAAAAAAUGUAGCUAAUAAAAAUAAUUCUAAAGUUAAAAACAAUACUGCUUUUAAAAAAAGUAAGCCCAAACAACAUAAUAAACAUGGUCGCAAGAAAUCAAAGAAAAUUAAAUCUAAAUUUCAUUCCAUAAAGAAUACAAAAAAUGCUACUAGGCAUCCAAUUAAGCCUAAGUAUACAGUUAGAGAACCAUUCUCAGAAUCGAAAGGAAAAGACCGUAACAUUCAUAAUAAAGAUACGGUCUUUUCACAUGUAAAACCACCAGGGCAUCAUAAGAAUAAAGUUAAGAGGAGCAGACGAUUAGUAGCUGCGAGAGACGCAUUAAUAGAAGAGUACCCGUAUGUGGUGUCGAUACAGAAAGGCGGAGAGCAUUGGUGUGCAGGAGCUCUGCUGAAUCCACGACUUGUAAUCACGACAGCCAAUUGUAUCUGGAAAUCCAGUCGAGUAAGUAGAUUACGAGUGCGCGCAGGGUCACGUAAGGCGGAAGAAGGCGGACAAGUAGCCAAGAUACAAGAGGUCAUGAAACAUCCGAAAUGGAGUAUAAGGCAUAACCCUGACAAUGAUGUGGCACUUAUACUACUCGAUAGAAAUAUUAGAUUUUCAGAUGCUGUACAUGCUGUAGAUUUGCCAAAUCGCCUCAUGUUACCUGCUUUUGAAGACGUCUGGAUUACUAGCUGGGGAUCUGAACGUAGAGAUGGUAUAUACGACAAGAAAGGCAUGACGCUACAGGUGUACCACGCCCGCCUGAUGGACCGAGAUAAAUGUAACAAUGUCACACAGCGGUUUGGAAUUACUGUCACAGAAAAUUUCAUCUGUUUGUCACAGACUGGCAGACGAGCACCUUGCACGCGCGACACUGGGGCACCAGCAGUAAGCGAUGGUGUUGUAUGGGGUCUCGCGUCGUGGGGUAUUCGAAAAUUAUGUGGCACGGAACGAUACCCGGCAGUAUUCUCGUACCUUGCAUCGCAAACUAAUAUGGACUUUAUUUUAAACGCAACACGACUUCUAAUGGCUGAGGAGCGAUUUUAUCCGUUUCUCGACCGAUUCCCGACCGUCCGAGCAACGUCUUCCUCCACAACCACUACUCUCUUUCCAUAUUAA